CCGGGAAAAUAAAAUUCCGCCAAAACAGUAUUCUAUUUAAACUCCCGCCAUAGUUCUGCUGCCGGCUUUUUACACUGACGCAAUAUCCUUCUAUGACGGCGGCCAAUGAGCAUCGAGGAGGCUGCUGCCAUGUGCCGGAACAGACCAAUCAGUGAGCAGUGACGGGUCACACAGCUGAUCCAGAAGGUGGAGGAGGACAUUUGGCGCAAGUUUGAGCUCAGUUAGAGUCGGAAGAAGGAAGAGAGACUUCAGGAGAAAACGAAGAUAAGAGAAAAUACUCUACUCUGAGUUGAGGAGACUUCUUUCAUUUUUGAAUAAAGAUUAAAAAUCAAGAUGCCGAGCACGCGCUCUAAGGAUCAGUCUCAACCCAUGCUGACGUUCCCCCGCCGCAAAUCCUGCAGAGCUUCCUCUCGCUCCAAGGUGGACAGAUCUCCUGCCCCAUCACCUUCCAAAAACAUUUCCUCAACCUUGACCCGCAUUGGACCACUCUCCCCAAAACAGCAUGUCGACCAGCACACCUGGCUAUCGCCGAGACGUACCGCUGCCCAGCCGGCACCUACAGCCGUGUCUCCCAGCCUGAAGACACGGCUUCCACUGAGCCCAAGGAAACGCUCGGGUUAUGAUAACGACUGUAACCUCGGCCCCGCUCUGUCGGGUUCACCCCCAAAGCAAUCCAAGCUGACUCUGGCCUCGCCCCGGAAGCUGGGCCUCGAUGAGAACUCGCCGGUCUCUGCUCGUCGACGGCUGCUACAUUCCUCGCCUCUGCAUCCGAUAUCACCUGCCGCCAAGUCAUCACCGAUGCGACAGGAAACACCUACUCGAAGUCCAACACUACUGAACUCCGCCAAGAGGCCACCCGUUGCUCGGCUGUUCGCUGAAAAGUCCAAGUUUCUGGAUGUGAAGCAAGCGCUCCACACCGCCGUACCCGAGCGUCUCCUGUCCAGGGAGGUGGAGCGGGCAUCCAUUAAAUCCUUCCUGGAGGAGAAGGUCCUGCAACGUCUCCCAGGCAGUAUCUACAUCUCAGGAGCCCCGGGCACCGGCAAGACGGCCUGUCUCAACUGUGUGCUGCAUGAGAUGAAGGCGGAGCUGUCGUCAGUACAGACCGUGGUGGUGAACUGUAUGACUCUGAGGAGCUCCCACGCCAUUUUCCGUCUUCUGUCCGAAAAACUGAAAGCUCCAGGCGGGCAGAACGGAGUGCAGAGGUUCCUGACGGCCCCUGGACCUGCUGUGCUGCUGGUUCUGGAUGAGAUGGAUCAGCUGGACAGUAAAGCUCAGGAUGUCCUCUACACCAUCUUUGAGUGGCCAUACUUGCCCAAGUCUCGCCUCUGUCUCGUCGGCAUCGCCAAUGCUCUUGACCUGACUGACCGCAUCCUGCCCAGACUGCAGGCUCGUCCUCACUGCCGCCCCCUGCUGUUACACUUCCCUCCCUACAGCCGACAAGAGCUCGCAGCCAUCGUACAGGACAGACUUGCACAGGCGUCUGCUGAAGGGAUCCUGGACGCCUCUGCGGUUCAGUUUUGUGCCAGGAAAGUGUCGGCAGUGUCAGGAGACGCCAGGAAAGCUCUGGACAUCUGCAGGAGAGCUGUUGAGGCUGUGGAGUCAGACGAGAGAAAGAAAGGAUCAGAUCAAAAGUCUGAAAAUAAAGCGUCGCGGGUCAGCCUCCCUCAGGUGGCGCGGGUGCUUUCAGAGGUGUACGGGGACCGGAUGGCGUCUCAGUGUAGCGGCUCAGACGGGGAGAGUUUCCCCCUGCAGCAGAAACUUUUGGUGUGCUGCCUACUGCUGAUCGUACGCAACGGAAAGAGCAAGGAAAUCGUCCUUGGAAAGCUCCACGAGGUGUACAGUCGUCUGUGCGCUCGGCGGCAGGUGUCUGCGGUGGGUCAGGGCGAGUGUUUGUCUCUGUGCAGUCUGCUGGAGAGUCGAGGAAUCUUCGCUCUGAAGAAAGCCAAAGAGGCUCGUCUCACCAAGGUGUUCCUGAAAAUCGAGGAGAAGGAUGUGGAAAAUGCCCUGAAGGAUCAAACUCUGCUGGGCAGCAUCCUCGCUGCAGGACUCCCCUCCUGAUAACACAUAAAUAUUUAUCAAGGUUCUUUUUAAGUGAACUCAACUUUUUUUUCUAUGGUUCGAUUUUUUUAAAAUUCUCGUUUUUGCUGAGAACUGUACAGAAUUUUUAAGAGAAAGGAUUUUUAUUUUUCCUCAAACUGAUGUUGAUUCUGAGUUUUUGAGUGUUUGAAGAUGUCAGUUAUGAAUUACAGUUUUUGUUUGAAACAUUAACAUUUCUAUGCUGUAAAUAAACUCCUUUACAGAUCUUUUAUCAGAUUCCUUUCUCUUUUGUUGUUACUAAAACAAAACAGAAUCUUUGAUUGCUUUAUGAUAAAGCAAUCACUGCUGCUGCUGUAUCACUUCCAA